AUGGCGACGGACUUCUUCUGGUCGUACACGGACGAGCUGCACACGUCGCGCCGCCGGGAGAUCCUGGCCAAGUACUCGCAGAUCAAGGAGCUCUUCCGCCCGGAUCCGUGGGGCUUCCUCAAGGGCUUGUCAAGAACAACCGGCCAUGCCAGGGGUUGCAAGGGAAGCCCGUCCGCGGUUGUCGCACCAUUCCCCACCUCGAAUUCGGGGUCUCCAAGCCCAGACGCCAUCAGCGCCCGCCGUCAGCGAUUUGGCAACCGCGCAGAUCUAGACCAUCAACGCCUUGGGUGGAGGGGAUUCUUGCAUGCCGCGCAGAUCCAGGCCAUUCCCCGCCUAGUACAUGGACAAACCCCCAAUAGUGUAGCAUCGAAGUUUGUGAAGUGGAGGGAUGUCGUCGUUCUCUGCACCCACCGGCCGCCCAAGCCUGCACCCGACGCGCCCGAUGCUGAUCUUACCGGUGGCUCAAAGCAGGCGGCCACCACGACGCCCUUCUACCUUGCCUUAGAUCACACAGCUUCUGCCACGUCGUCUCCACCGCCGGCGGAGGCGCCGCCCCUGCCGUGUGCUGCCAACAGCGAGAGGGGAUCCGAAAUAAUCAAGGCGAAGAUCAUGUCCCACCCACUCUAUCCGGCUAUCUUCAGAGCCUUCAUAGACUGCCGGAAGGUCAGAGCGCCGCUAGAGAUUAUCGGCCGGCUUUCCGCCCUCGUUGAUGACGUCGAAAUGAAUUCAGACGACAGACAAGAACAGCGACGAGCAGCAGACCCAGAGCUCGACCAGUUCAUGGAGAUCUACUGUCACAUGUUGGUGAGGUACAGACAGGAGCUCACAAGGCCAAUCGAGGAAGCCGAUGAAUUCUUCAGGAGCAUGGAGGCACAGAUCGAUGCAUUCUCGUUAUUAGGUGAUUAUGUUUAA